UCAGUUUUUGAAUUGUGAAUUGUGAUUCAUACUAUAUAUACAUAGAAAAAAUAACAGACCGAUGAUUGUAUUAUAGACUUGAAGAUAAGGCAAUAAUAUAGUAAUAACUAAUAUCUGGUCAUGGCAGAUUUCAACAGAGAAGAUGGAGUUUCAACAUCCGUUUCAGAAACACCACCUACGCAUUACACAAUCAAAAUUCAGUCACUUUCUCUUCUGAAAAAGAACAAUAUAGAGAAAUACACCUCUCCUUUCUUUGAAGCUGGAGGAUACAAAUGGAAGUUGGUGUUUCAUCCAAAUGGAAACAAAAACAAGAAUAAAGCAGGGAAGCAUGUUUCUGUGUAUCUGAUGAUGGCGGAGGCAACCUCAAUUGCACCUGCAGGUUGGGAGGUCCAUGCUGUUUUUCGUCUCUUCUUGCUUGACCACAACAACGACAACUACUUGGUCCUCCAAGAUACAUCUACUGAAAAGGGAAGACGAUUCCAUGCUACGAAGGUGGAAUGGGGAUUUGAUCGAUUCAUGAGUCAAGAAGCUUUCAACAAUCCAGAAAAUGGGUAUGUUGUAGAUGACACAUGUGUCUUAGGAGCAGAGGUUUAUGUAUGUCAAGAAAAGUUCCGAGGUAGAGAAGACCGUUUCUCCAUGGUGAAAGACCCCAUUGCCUAUAAGCACACCUGGAAGAUCAACAAGUUCUCUGCUCUUACUGCAGAUUGUGAAGACUCUAAGACCUUCAUGGCAGGAGAACAUAACUGGAAGAUACAAUUAUACCCCAAGGGCAAAGGGAGUGGCACAGGCAGCCAUCUAUCACUAUACUUGGCAUUGGCAGAACCAAGCAGCCUUUCUCAGAGUAGUCAAAUAUAUGCAGAUUUUACAUUGCGUAUCCUUGACCAACUUAAUGCCAAACAUUACAUAGGCAAAGCCAACUAUUGGUUCAGUGGAUCACAGACGUUUUGUGGAUGGCCAAGAUAUAUAUCAAUUGGGUAUUUCAGUAUGCCUGGAGCAGGCUUUCUGGUCAAAGACGCCUGUGUUAUAGAAGCUGAAGUCACUGUGCAUGGGACUACUACUAACUAAUGUUGUGCUCUAAUAAGUAUAUAGAAUUGAUAAUGACACCAAUAAGGUUUCCUCUUCUGUUUAGACAGAACAGAUAGACGGAAAUUCAAGUCACAGUCUCAUUCUGACAAACUAAUCUGCUUGUAUCAUUAUGCCAAUUUGGCAUGCCAUGCUAAUAAACCUAAUAUUCUUUCUCGUACUA